AUGUCACCCUUGCCAAGCUCUAACGCAGUCGAUGUCCUGAUCGUCGGCGCCGGUCUUUCCGCUGCCCUCGCCCUUGCUCGCGCUCGCCGAUCCACCGUAGUCUUCGAUUCAGGUGUCUUUCGCAACAAGCCAGCAAAACGUCUCCACAAUCUCCUCACUUGGGAUCACCAAGACCCGGCCAACCUCCGCGCCGCCGCACGCAAGGAGCUUCUCGAGGGCCGCUACAACACGACCCAAUGGGUAUCGAAGGUCGUCACAUCCCUAUCGAAGCAAUCAGACGGCAAGUUCAAGGCCGUUGACGCAUCCGGCGCGGAAUGGUUUGGCGACAGGUUAGUCCUAGCCAUGGGAGUGAAAGACAUGUUUCCUGAUAUUCCGGGCUUUGCUGAGUGCUGGGGAAAGUCGAUACAUCACUGCAUGUUCUGCCACGGUUUCGAAGAGACGGGUGCUGCUUCUGCCGGCGUGCUGGCCACAGAUUUGCUGAGCAACAAAGAAAUGUGUGUGAUGCUAGCCUCCAUGGCUCGCCAGUUCGUCGGCAGCAUCGUCAUCUACACCAACGGCUCCGAGGAGGUCGCCGCGGAGGUACAGUCCGUCCUUCCCUCCACCGCACUCAACUACACGAUCGACACACGGAAGACUUCCAAGGUCGCUCCCGUCCGCGCCGAAGACGAGGAGGGCAGCGUCGGUGGCAUUACUCUGUACUUCCCCGACGACGAUUCCACAACACACGCAUUCUUGGCCUACCAUCCCCGCACCUCGGCCAACGUCGGCGGUUUCGAGGAGCUUGGCUUGGAGCUCAGUCCCAGCGGAGGGGAGAUCAAGACGAGCGGUCCGUUCCAGGAGACCAAUGUUCCUGGCUGCUACGCCGUGGGUGAUGUAGGAAAUCCCAUGAAGGCCUUGGUCAUGGCCAUGGCAGCCGGCAGCGUCAUGGGCCCGGCAAUCGUCCACUCGCUGAUAAAGGAGGGUAAUACUGGAGCGUGGGAGCCGAAGGUUUCUGAUCACAGCUUUUAG